UGACUGGGAGAAAAAUGAAGAAAGGAUCAUUAAAGAAAAGAAGAAGUUUAGGAAGAAGAGCUUGAAAACUGUGUGAACCACCAAAAAUAGCCUCUCUCCCCCGCGGCGGCGGUUCUCCGGUCAAAAAAUCUCUAAUCGAAAACGGAAAGGUCAAAUAAUGAUAAAGCUUUGGAGAUGGUACCAGAGAUGCCUGACGGUUCAUCCAGUGAAAACGCAGGUCAUUAGCUCCGGCUUCCUCUGGGGAUUCGGCGACGUCACCGCUCAAUACAUCACUCAUUCCACUGCCAAACCUCCUCCUCCUCCUCUUCUUCGUCUCUCCACACCGACACUCUUCUUACAACAAUCAAGAUGUGAGCUUUCAGCGUGGAGAGUAAGUCUCCUACGGUGGAUAGAAGAUAUACUCACAAUAUGUCUUGUGUGUUUUUUAGCUCUCCAUGCUGUUGGUGCACUACUUCCUUGUUCACUACUCACUUUUAUUUUUGGUCCAUUGGACAAGGAUAAAGAGGCAGACAAAGAUGCUGAAUUCAAGGUCAACUGGAAGCGAGUAGCUAUCACGAGCAUGUUCGGGCUUGGUUUCGUCGGACCUGUUGGCCACUUCUGGUACGAAGGGUUGGAUAAAUUCAUAAAACUGAAGCUUCGAUAUGUACCAAAGUCAACACGUUUUGUAGCAGCCAAGGUUGCAAUGGAUGGUCUUAUCUUCGGCCCCAUAGAUCUGCUGGUAUUCUUCACAUACAUGGGGUACGCCACGGGCAAGAACACAUCUGAAGUGAAAGAAGGUCUCAAGAGGGAUUUUCUUCCGGCUCUAGCUCUUGAAGGAGGAGCAUGGCCACUUCUUCAGAUCGCUAACUUCAGAUACGUUCCCGUGCAGUACCAGCUUCUUUACGUCAACAUCUUUUGCCUUAUAGACAGCGCUUUUCUCUCGUGGGUCGACCAACAGAAGGAUGCAGCUUGGAAGCAAUGGUUCACUACUCCGUUUCUAACGCUUAAAGAACGAGGUGGCACUGAUGGAGUAUGAUUCGUUUUUCCAUCUCAACUGAAAACAAAACAGAGUGUAAUUGCGAUUCUCAACAACGACACAGAUUCUUGAAUCAAAAAUAUUAUUUCGUUUUCUAAAGAA